UUUCGCUUGGCUACAUGGUUUGUUUAUGGUCAAAUCAUAACACAACGAACGGGAAUUUCAAACGUUAAUGCUAGUCGUGGGCCAAAAGCGAAAGGUAGAUCUCAAACCGGAAAAAAAGGUUCGCAAAUAGCGAAAAGUUGUGACUUCCCUAUGCUGCUUUUUUGCGAAUUUGUGAAAUUUUAUCAUGCCAAUAUUGUGCGAGACAAGACCGCAGUUUUCUGUUCGUAAACUGCCACCCGUCUUUAACAAGAGACUUUUCAAGGCGCAAGCUGGAAUUGUGCUCACGGACAAAAUCCUUGACAUCUUACAGCGACCCUCUACCGCUCGGCGAUCGGCCAACGAACUACAUGCAAUAAAACCCGUUGUUUCGGCGCUGAAAGAUAUUCACAAAGGCCUACAAUUUAUUAAGGAGGCACUUGGCCAUGUAGUCACCUACCAGAAAGUCGAAAGCGAUGUGGAGAUUAGCAAGAAACAAGACGAAAGCUGUCUUUCUUGUUAUUACAUUCUGAGCGGAUCGGUAGAAGUAAAAUAUGCUAUAAAUAAUGGCGUGUCUGGUGCGCACACCACAGAAAAGGCAAAUGACUGUGAAAUAAACUACACACACGUAGCCGGGGAAUAUCUUGGGCUCGUAUCGGGCGAUGGAAGAGAAUUCGAUUAUCCACCACCGGACAACAUACGAACCAUGGAAGUUACUGAGUUCUUGCGAGUCGACCGCGAGCGAUUCCAUAGCGCGAUCAAGAGAGUUCAGAAUCGCUACGUGCAAGAGAUUCAAGUGUUUAUUGAAGAAGUAUCCGCACUAAAAGCUUUGCCCAAAGAAGAGAAAAACAAAUUAGUUGCUUUGAUGGCGAGGCAGGAAUAUCCCGCUGGUAAAGUCAUUGUGAACCAAGGAGACCUUCCGGAGCAUCUGUUUUUUGUUGCUAAAGGAAGAUGCCAAUAUUACCGAAGUAUCUUUAUUGAUGAAGUCAACAGGGAAGAACUCGUUAAACUUGGACAAAUUGAGAAGGGGGAAUUUUUCGGUGAAUCAACCCUUCUCGAUUCCAGUCCAUGUUUUUGCAGUGUAGCAAGUAUUGGUCCUGUAACCUGCUUCCUGGUCAACAAAUGGGCGUUAAAAACGAACGAAAGCGUUAUUCAAAUCCUGCGUCAAAACCGUCGCUAUUUCUUCAAUGACGAUGACAUCAAGCAUUACAUCCGGGACAGUGAUAUCUGGCAGAGCUUUAAGCGGUGCACGAUCACUGGUCUUUUAGAGAUGACGGGAAAAUGUGACGCGUCAGUUGACAAGAGCGAAAUGACUCCUACACUUUCAAGGGCUGUAGAUUAUGGAGAUGCUAAAAGGGUUUUAUUGAAAAACCCAAAUCAUGACGAUGAAAUACCCGGUAAACCAAGGGAAGCCGAGAAGCUGUUCGUGCCUCCUCGCUCAAGACGACGGUCAUCCGCCAUCCUAAACUGCAGCGCGGCUGCGGUAGUUAAAGCAGUUUUAUUGUUGAGAAAAAACUCUAAAAAUGACGCCGACAACAAUUUCAGUUUUCCUUUUCCUACGAAACCAAGCAGUGCGCCAGCAAGAGGUUAUCAGCGCCGAAAACUUCAUGGGAAAUGGAAGUCUCCAACAGUUGGUCAUCGACCAAAGAGUGUCAGAAGUCAGGAAGCAAAGGAUGGUUCAAAACGCGGUUCAAAUGGUAGAGUGUCUGUAUUUGGUCGUAGCAAUGAAGCUUCACCUCGAACUAACAUCAAAAGCCAGAAUAAAAUUGGUGACCCAGGGAGGGAUAAUUACAAAAAGAAACUAUCAAGCAGGGAGACAACAAAGAAGAAAUUAAAGGCCGCUUUCAAAGUCUCCCCUACUGCAGAGAAUACUAAAGAAGCAACGAUAAAGGUCAAAAACAGAACGAACAGCCUAAGCUUUCUUCCUUCUGUUGCUAUGGAGAGAAACGUUGCUCAAAAGCCUAAUGUUGUCAUUAAAGAAAUUAUCAACACCGGAAUUCCUGGUCGGCGGUUUUCUCCCAAAAGUUUUCGCAGAUUUGAGAGAAGUCUAUUUGACAUUCUAGAUAAUCCACCAAACUAUAAACAAAGCUCAUCCGAUGAAGAAUCUUCCUCUGCUACUAAAAGCCUAGUUUUAAAUCCAUGGAACAUUUCUUUAGUUGCCAGUAAAUGGAUGUCCACUGUUCGACAAGCACAGCGGAAGAAAAAUUCGCAUUCUCCGGAGGCGAUUCUUGACGAUACUGGACAGCCGCCGAUCAUUGUCAUUGAGGACUGGGCACCAGGUGCAGCGCUUAGCGAACCAGAAAGCGCAGAAACCGACGCUCAACUGUCAUCGAAUAGAAAGGCGCCAACGAGAAGGACGAGCCGGACUCCUACCCCUAUUCUAGAUGACGUCACAGAAGAGAGCGAAGAAGAGAUUCAGAAGUAUGAGCACGAGCUGAUGCCCUCUCAAAGGUGGUACACACCCAUUCACGAAGCACAUGACUCGUGCAAACAGCAGUUGAUCGAUUUCAAGAAGGAUGUUGAACAUUUGGAGCAACAGCGAAAACGUUUUCAAAGGCAGCACAAAAAGAGGGCAGAGGAAGAGGCCGAAGAAGAGAAGAAAUGCGAGGAAGAAGCACAGAAGGAGACAGUAGACACAAACUCAAAGGAGACGCCUGGCAAGAACACUUCUGAAGAGGCAUACCGUCCAACAACGGGGCAAAGCCGCCACCUACGAAGAAAAGUGUCUAUCAGUACAACUGUUGGGAGGAGUCGAGCUAAGACAUUUUCUGAGGUGCCACUGGAACACCAUGGAAGUAGUAAUCAGCUUCGUAGGACCCAAUCCCUUAACCGUUUCCGCCUUAUCAGCGUCUCUGCGCCAAAUAAAAUGUCGCCAUCACUGGAACACGCUCCCUCAGCGUUAGAGGAUCAAGAAAAAGAAGAGGCAAUGCACGGGACAAUGCAAAAAAUGCGGGUGAAGUCAAGCAGAAUAGAAAAAAGAAAACUUCUGCUAAGAAAGAGAGUUGAGGAACUGGAAAACAUGAAGAUUACAAGACAUUACACAUGACGGUGUAACCUAACUGGAGGAUAACUAAUAAAUCUCAUUUGCAACUGCAAA